AUGGCCUCGUCCAAAGAAAUGCAGCAAAGCUCGCGGCCAUUGACUCAUCGACCCUCCCUCUCGUCGACACCGACCGGAUCGGGCCUGCCAACCAGGCAAUCGCACGCUCGAACGGGCUCGCAAUCUCUCCUCCUCGGACCCGGUCCUCUACACUCGAACAACCGCGUUACACGUCGAAAGUCUAUGAAUAAUGGCACUACGAACGUAGCGGCUAUCACGGCCGCCAUCAAGGACGUCGGGGACAUGUCUUCCUCGCUCCCGAGCAGCGGCUUUACCCGACGUCAUACUGUGUCCAAGGGCCCGAUCGGGAGAACCUCGCAGACCAGUUUGCUUACGAGCAGAUUGAUGGCAGACCGAAACGGGGACAUUCCCGAGCACGCCAUCGACGACGAUCCAGCUGACACGUCGGCGGAGCAGGCGACCUCUCCAGGCGCGUCUUCGGCUCAGAAAUCUCGAACUAGACGUGCGAGCGAAGGCCAGCCGCUUGGCAAGGAGGGCAGAAGGAGCAACCGCGUAGAGCUCCGUUGCGAGAAAUGUGGAAAGGGUUACAAACAUAGCAGUUGCUUGACCAAACACUUGUGGGAGCAUACUCCAGAAUGGUCGUAUACUUCCAAGCUACUCAUCUCGAAGCACCAGCAAGUGCAGCUCCUUGAGGCGGCGAGCGUUCUCGUCGCAAUGAACAACGCUCCCAAGGAAGAAUCCGCCCCCACCAUCGUAAACGUCUCGACACCCCCCGAUUCGGCGAGAGGCUUCCCUAGCGAUAACGAAUCGGCUUCGCCCGCCGCGUCUGGGUACUCGGAGCUAAACGACCGGCAAAGCUCCGCCGACACUACCCCGCCGCCUCAACAAGAGAUUUUCGGUCGAAACAUUCCUGGAUACCGUCACCUCUCGAAGAGGUACAGCAACGGCGGAUUCUCGCGAUCCUACCAAUCAACGCCGAUAUCUGGAAUCGCCGGCAGCGCGCCCAAUGGACCAUUCGGAGGCUUCGGACAUGUACGCCAACAGAGCCAAGACCGCCGCCCUCCUUCAUCAGGACGAAACGCGACCGGGCAGGAGGAUCGUGAGUUGGCUGCAGCCGUCGAGCUUCUCAGCUGCAGCUUCGGAAGUAACACCGGCCGGACGGUCACUCUGCCUCUGGACGCACCUCCCGUGCCACCACUCCCUGCGCAAUACCUAGAUCAGGCCGCAUCGUUGUCGAGCGCUGGAUUCCUCAACAGCUUCCCCAGCAGGCAGCCCGAGAGCUUCACUCGUGGCGAGCUGCGCAGCGUUGAUGUCAAGAUGGAGGAUAGCGCGGACAGCGAUAUGGCGGAUGACGACGAGGACAUGCAAUUGCGGUCCAGGAGCGACGAGGACGACGACGGCGUCUUUGGCAGGAUGGUUAUCUGA